AUGUCGGCCUCUUUCGAUCCAGCUAGUGUCAAUCUCGACGAGGCUGACCCAACUCAGAUUAUCUGCUACUUGCAACGAGGAGAGAAUGAUUACGAUGGUCGCAUCGGAGCUCGAGUUUCAGCUCUUUUCGUGAUUCUGAUAGUUUCAUCUGCAGCGACCUUCUUCCCAGUCCUCGCAGCACGCGUCAAAUGGCUACGGAUCAACAUCUAUGUAUACCUGUUCGCUCGAUACUUUGGUGCUGGUGUUAUCAUCGCAACAGCUUUCAUUCAUCUCCUUGACCCAGCAUAUGCAGAGAUAGGUCCAAAUACUUGUGUUGGAAUGACUGGACAUUGGGCCGACUACGCCUGGUGCCCUGGUAUUGUCCUGACAUCAAUCAUGCUUAUCUUCCUGAUGGAUUUCGGCGCAGAGCAAUACGUCGAUCACAAAUACGGCUUUGCACACGGUCCCGCCAUCGAGAGCGUUAUCACCGAUCGACCUGGCCAAACUGAAGGAGGAACACACGUCCAUACGACCAAUGCAGCGCACCCUCGUACGCAAUCCAUUACACACAACCAACUCCACUCCGGCGACCAAGACGAGAACUUCCACGACCAAAUCGCAGCAGCACAAGCGCAGAAGGACCUCCCCAAGAAGGAUUUCGACGAUUCUGAGAAAGCCUCUCCCGCACCGUCCGUCAAUGAAGUCAUCGAGCGCUCCUUCCGUCAACAAAUCGCUGCGUUCCUCAUUCUCGAGUUCGGUGUAAUCUUUCACUCUGUCAUCAUUGGUCUCAAUCUCGGAACUACUGGCUCAGAAUUUAGCACUUUGUACCCCGUUCUAGUCUUCCAUCAGUCAUUCGAGGGCCUGGGAAUCGGUGCGAGAAUGUCGGCUAUUCCUUUCCCCAAGCGACUGCACUGGCUCCCUUGGUUCCUCUGUACAGUAUAUGGUCUCACUACCCCAAUUGCUAUUGCUAUUGGAUUGGGAGUUCGCAAUACGUAUAAUGCUGGGAGCACAACGGCGAAUAUCAUCAGUGGUGUGCUGGAUGCGAUCUCAGCUGGUAUCUUGAUCUACACUGGGUUGGUGGAAUUGCUUGCUAGGGAUUUCUUGUUUAAUCCUGAGUUGUCCCGGAGCUCGAAGAGACUGACGUUUAUGAUUUGCUGUGUCUUGCUUGGCACGGCUUUGAUGGCAUUGCUUGGGAAGUGGGCCUAG